AGAUAGAGCAGCUCUCAGGCUGCAGGAUGACACGUGCGGUUGUGCUCGUGCUGUGCGCGCUGAUCGCAGCUCAGGACGGGGGGCGCGCGGCUGCUGGUCUGGCCGCGCGGGACUCUGGGCGCGGGACACACGCGACAGGUGUGCUGUGGAUCCUCCGCAGGAGCGAGGACGACUCUGCGGCAGGGGGGGCCGGGCUGUGCUCGUCCCUGCGGGAGGACGACGAGCAGCUGCUGUGCGCCGACCGCCGCAGCAAGUUUAACUACAACCCGUUUGGGCUGCGCUUCGGGAAACGAGCUCCGCCCCCCAGAGGAGCGCACCGAGCGCGCGCCAUGAAGCUCCCUCUGAUGUCCCUGUUUCAGGAGGUGCCCACCUGAACACCCCCCCCCCCAGGAUGUCAAGGACAUGUGGGUGGGGAGGUGGGGGUUAGAGGGUCAGCCUUUUUGUACAGUGUUUGUGAAAUUAUUCAUAAUCAAAUCAACAUGGAAAUAAAAGAAAAAAAGUGA